UUUACUCAUAAUUUUACAUGAACUCUAAUUUUAUAAACUAUUUUUGUUGUGUAUAUUUAUGUUGUGAAGACUUUUUAUCUUGGAGGUCCUUUUAAAACUUUAUAAAAGCUUAAUAAACUCUAUUAAAAAGAAACCUUUUAGCCUGAUAAGAUGUCUGGAGUAUAAUCUCUGCAAAGAUACCUCAACGAGCAUAUCUUUAGUGUUAAAUAUGUCCUCAAAUGGCAAACUUCAAGAUGCGGUCGUGGAAGCCUUGGACAUCAAAAAUAUUCCGGCCCUCAUGCAAAGCCAUUGUCGGAUACGGGAUACGGCAAAAGUGGAGCAGCUCCUCAAGGAAUUUGUCAGGGCUGGACCGAAAAGCUUACAAGUAGUGUCGGAUUUUGACUUCACCAUCACCAAGCAGCGGACAGAGGACGGCAGCAGGGUGCCCUCCACCUUUGCCAUGUUCUACGCCUGCAAGUCCUUGCCCCCAGGACUAAAGGAGGAGGCCCAUGAACUACAAAUGAAGUACCAUCCCAUCGAGAUUGAUCCUCACAUACCCGACGAAGAGAAGCUCAAGUACAUCGUGGAGUGGUGGACCAAAUCUGGGGAACUGGCGAGCGGGUUUCCUUUCGAUCUGUCGGAAAUCGAUGAGGUAACCAGGCAGUACGUUCAUAAUCUACGAGAUCGCAGCCCGGAGCUAUUUGCGGAUUUGCAUCGCUUGGAUAUUCCCACGCUGGUAUUCUCCGCCGGGCUGGGAAACACUGUGGAGUCCCUCUUGCGACAGGCGGAAAUGAUGCAUCCUAACGUGAAGAUUGUCUCCAAUUUUCUGAAGUACCGCGACGGUCUAUUGGAUGGCUUGCAAGAUCCUUUGAUCCACACCUUCAACAAAAACGAAUCUGUAUUAGAAGGAAGUGACUAUUUUGAUCAAUUGCACUCCAGGGAUCAUAUAAUCUUAAUAGGGGACUCUUUGGGAGAUGCAAACAUGGCUUCAGGUGCAUCCGAAUCUUCUCAGGUCAUUAAGAUUGGUUUCCUUUUUCACCACGUAGAGGAAAAUAUGAAAAACUACAUGGAUACCUUUGAUAUUGUUUUGGUGGACGACCAGACCAUGGAUGUUCCAAGAGCUCUAGUCUCUUUAAUAGAAGGACUCCACAAAACAUAACAAAUUUAAUAAUUGAAUUAAGUUCGUAUAGAAAUAAGGUUUUUAACUAAAAAAUAAGACGAGAAAUGUUCAUUUUUAAUAAAAAAAAUUUCAAUAAAUAACAAUAAAAAAGUUAAUUUUUAUUAAAUUCUAUCUGCUACCUGGAUUGUAGUUUUAAAUACUUAAUUAAUCAGUCUACGUACAAUUAACUUUACAUAUUUUUAAUCUAUAGCUUAAUUUAUUCAAUUAUAUAUAAAUACCAUAAAAAAAUCAACUUAUAAUUUAAAACUAAUUUAAAUAAAUGAAUUCCCAGUGACAUCCAAACACUCAUAAGUAAUAGAUCAAUAUGUUGCAUUCGAAUAUGACCACAUAAUUUUAUCCAUAAUUUUAAAUUCUUACUACAUCAUUAAUAUACUUAAAUAAAUAUACAUUGAUUUAU